GGGAGAAAAAGGAAGGUGGAUUGGAAAGGGGAGAAAGGGGAUAGCUUGGAUGCCAUGGCGUAUUGGGUAAGGGGAUGGUGGGAGGACGGGUUCUUUCGGGACGAGGAGAGUGGAAGUGAUAAGAAUGGGGAGGUAGAUUAUCGGGUGAAAGGGACAGAUUGGGGAGUUGUCGGGUGA